GAUGUAUGUGUACGAAGUGGGAAAGGUGUCCCGGCUUUCGGACAUCUUCGGAAUCGGCGUCGGCAAAGUCCGUACAUGCCGAGCAGACAAUCCACACGCCGAGCGCACCUGUCAACACCGGCAUGACCUCUGACCUCUGUUACUGCGGCAACAUCGCCGCAGACUACAGGUACAACAUAUCGCUUACCCGCCCACAAACACAGCACGCCUUCUCCAAACAUGUCGGCUUGUCCGACCUACAGCGGAUUUUCUCGCCGCGGGGAAUGAUCACAGGACCGCCAUGGGAUAGAUUGGGCCAGACCAGACCCGGGACCCACUAAGGGUCAGGGCUUGCCAUAGAAAGAAGCCACAACAUAACAAUAAUGGCCACCAGUACGGUUCCGCUCAACGUGGGGUCGUCUUCUGCCGCCACAAGCAAACUAGACCAGCUGCUUUCCUUAUUACCCAAAUCAGGAGUCUCACUCUCGGCUUUAACAUUCAAAUCAAAGCAGAAGACCCUCUGCCUACAUCUCCAAAACAGAGGCUUACACGCCAUACCCCAAGAGGUCUACAGUCUUCGCGAUGUAGAGGAACUGAGCGUAGACAACAACGCAAUCGUGAGCGUCCCACAAGACGUACGCUUGCUGAAAAACCUUAAGGUACUUUCUAUUGCACAAAACAAGCUGCUGGGGUUUCCCGUCCAUGUAUGCUAUCUAAAGGGACUGAGAAAACUUAGGCUUUCGGACAACCCCAAACUUUGUGACGCCACAUCAAAGCUUCCCGCUAAGUUUACAAAGUUGAAGAAUUUGGAAGAGUUGCAGUUGGAACGUGUCGAACUUCAUGACUUGACAAUUGAAGUAUGCACGCUCUCGAACUUGCUCAGACUAAACCUAAGCCACAACAAACUUGAAACCUUGCCAUCCGAGAUAGGGGACUUAAACAACUUGAGAGAAUUCCAUCUAAACCACAACAAAUUGAUCUCUCUGCCUGAUUCUUGUCGCAGAUUGAAAAGCCUGAGGCACCUGUUUCUUCAACAAAAUAGGCUUGGCAAAUUUCCUUUCUGUAUAUGUUUAAUGGAGCGUCUACAGGUUCUAGAUGUUAGCGAUAACGAUAUGUCACAACUCCCCGCUGAGAUCGUACAGCUCAGGAAGCUACGUGUGCUGAGGCUGAACGGACUCGGACUCAUGACCUUUCCCCUACAAAUAACCUCCAUGGUAAACUUAGAAGUGAUUGAAAUGUCAGACAACUGUUUAACCAAUCUUCCAGAUGAUGUUGUCGUGCUAAAGAAGUUGGCAGCUUUGAUGUUGAACAAGAACAGAUUUAAAACUUUCCCGGAGCAAACGUACGGACUAACUAGCUUGACAACUUUAGAGAUGAAUGGGAACCGCAUGAAGCGUUUACCGGAAGACGUCAAUAGAUUAGGGCAGUUACAAAAGCUCCGCCUGGACAAAAACCUUAUUGCUACUUUACCAGAGGCAUUGACAGAAUUGCAGAAUCUUGAAGUCAUCACACUGAAGUGCAAUGAUUUUAAAACCUUCCCUAUGGAAUUGAUAGAACUCGAAGUCGACACCUUAGACAUCAGUGAAAAUGACAUACAAGAAGUGUCUAUUGAAGACGUAGCUAUCAAGAAGAGCAAGCUGCCUCAAGAAGUCCGUUAUCUGACGUCAUUAAAGGCGUUAGAGCUGAACAGUCUUAAGUUAACGCACGUGCCAAUCGGCGUCUGUAUGUUAACAAACCUGAUCCACUUGAGUUUAGUCGGAAACAGUCUGACAGACUUGCCCAAGGAUAUCUCAGAGCUACGGGUCCUCAAGGAACUCAUCAUCAGUGAAAAUGGGUUUGAGGAGAUUCCACCAGAAGUGUGCUCCCUAUCUAAUCUCGAACUGUUAGAAGCUGAGGAGAAUCACAUCAGCUGUCUCCCAGCGGACAUGGACCAGUUAUCCCGUAUGAAGUGCCUUGUUCUGAACAAGAACGACCUGGACUACCUACCGAUUCAAGUGUGCACACUACUGUGUCUUGAAGUGCUGAGCAUUUGCGGAAAUCAUUUGAGUCUCAUUCCAGACGAAGUCGGCGACCUCGCGUCUCUCAGAGAGUUGUGGCUUUGCAAGAACGCUCUCAUGGAUCUGAACUUGAACCUGUGCAGUUUGAUCUUUGUUGAGAUCUUAGAUUUAGCCGGGAACCACCUACAGCGGCUCCCAGAAGAUCUCGGAAACGUGCGAGUGAGAGAACUUUACCUUUCUCGAAACCAGUUUGAGAUAUUUCCGGCACAGGUGUGCGAAUUGCUCAACCUAGAAAUUUUGUCCAUGGACGAGAACAAGCUACGAGAAGUGCCAGAGGAGAUCGCGGACCUGAAACAUUUGAGAGUUCUGGCCCUCACGCAAAAUGAUUUCGAACAUUUCCCGGUAGAAAUCUGCAAGUUGAAAUCUCUUGAAGAGCUGUACUUCGGCGGGCAAAGGAAAAGGAUUGGUGGGGUUCCUGAAGAAAUUCGGGUCCUGACAAACUUGAAGAAACUGUUCAUUGAACAUUCCGGAGUUACGUCACUUCCUGUGACCGUACGCAACUUGGGUUCCUUGAGGGAGCUCAAACUACCCGGUAACGAUAUCAGGUGCUUGCCAAACGAACUAUGUGUCCUGUCAGGAUUAAAACUCCUACAGCUCCAGGACAACCGAAUCUCGCGUCUGCCAGAAAACUUCGAUGAUUUCUGUUACGGUCGUCUGAAAGACUUGUCAUUGCAGAGUAACCCGCUAGAGUUCCCGCCAUUAUCCGUGUGCGUCGGUGGCCUUCGAUCAAUCAGAAGCUGGCUCUGCAAGGACAGGAAGAGGAAGGCCAAAGAGCGGAAGCUAGAAGAGGCCCGUUUCCUGCAGCUCCUGCGACAGUUCGUGGACGGCAUCAGGAGGAACCAGAUCACCGUGCCCUUCCCCAUGCUGCUGGCCUGCGAGCUGGGCCUCACAGACACCAUGUUCAACGGCAUCGAGAAGAGACAUCCCAAGAAGGCCAAGGAACAGAUUUAUCAGGUUUUGCUGAAAUGGAAGACCCAGUCCUGCACACCCUUCUGUAAGAACGCUGAGAGAGUACAGCGGCUGUCCAGGCACCUCAACAACAUGCGCAAACCGGAGCUCGCCCAGACACUCAGGGACAUGUUCACAGAGAUGCAGGAGAAAGAGGGGCUCAGUGUGGAACCUAAGUCAGACUAAAAUGGCACUCCAAACGGCCCUAGCGACCAUAACCAGCCUUCUACUUCUAGAGGCAAAAAAUGCUAUAACACAGGCUAGUAUUUAAAGCUGGUGUGUUACGCCGAACGGCGGUUAUACCGGCUAUACAGAUACAGAUAGUGGAACUCAUGAUAUAGGCAAUAUUAGGCGACAGCCCAAUGUGUCAAGUUCAUUGAGAACAAGCAAUCUGUAAGGGAAAUUUUGCUGAAACACAUCUUGUACUUAGAUGUGGCCAAGAGGGUGCAUUUUGCAGAUGCGUAUUAAACGCUUGAUGAAAUACUAUGUUUAACAUAUUGCUACUAAAUAAUAUUCUUUAAUUUUUGUGGCCCUUUUUGUCAAGCUCCUCAACUUUUUCCCUUUCUGGAUUAGUAUUGCGUAGAAGUAUAAAAAGAUCAAAGUACGUUAAUGUCAUCGUUAUAAAUACAUAUGUUGUUCACAUUAUGUAUACAUAUUACCUUGUAGUACGUUGUAAAUAAAGUAUUUUUCA